AUGUUGGCAGUGGCGGCAGUAGUAAGCUCUGCAGUUCAACAUAACUACGCGGAUGCUUUGUCGAAGAGUAUAUUGUUUUUCGAAGGGCAGAGAUCAGGAAGGUUACCGCAUACGCAACGAAUGAAAUGGAGGAAAGAUUCUGCUCUACGUGAUGGCCUAGAUGUUAAUAUGGAUCUGACCGGAGGUUACUAUGAUGCCGGUGACAAUGUGAAAUUUAACUUUCCGAUGGCUUUCAGCACAACAAUGUUGUCAUGGAGUGUUAUAGAAUUUAGAAAAUCAAUGGGUUCAGAACUUCCGCAUGCCUUGGAAGCCAUUAGAUGGGGGACUGAUUAUUUGCUCAAAUGCACUAGUGUUAGAGGUUCUGUUGUUGCUGUAGUCGGUGACCCUAAUGGUGAUCACACUUGUUGGCAAAGGCCUGAAGACAUGACCACUCCUCGAACAUCUUACAUAGUGACUACACAAAAACCAGGUUCUGAAGUUGCAGCUGAGAUUGCAGCCGCACUCGCAGCUUCUUCCAUGGUGUUUCGUCGUUCUGACAAUGCUUACUCCAGGUCACUUCUUAAGCGAGCAAGACAGGUGUUUGCAUUUGCUAACAAAUAUAGGGGCUCUUACAAUGACAGUAUUGGCAGUGGAGCAUGCCCAUUUUACUGCGACAUCAGUGGCUACAAGGAUGAAUUGAUUUGGGGAGCAGCAUGGUUAUGCAAGGCAACUAAGAGUCCUAAGUAUUGGAACUAUGUAAAACAGAACACAAACACCAUGAAUUCGGUGUCCCAUGUAGUCCUAAGAAAUGUGGAAGGCCAAGCAGUUGCUUACUAUGGCGGAGAUGUCACCGAAUUUGGAUGGGAUGCAAAGCAUGCUGGCAUUAACAUACUUGUUUCUAAAUGGUUGAUGAGACACCCCGCAGCCGAGUCCAAUCCCUUUAUCGCCAAAGCCAAUGGGCUUAUUUGCUCCAUUCUGCCUGAAUCACCUACUCCCAAAUCAGUCACAUACUCACCAGGUGGGCUCUUGUUCAAACCCGGAAGCAGUAACUUGCAACAUACAACAGCUUUAUCUUUUCUUCUACUAGUUUAUGCUCGCUAUAUGACAGCUGCAAGCAAAGUUGUAAGCUGUGGUAACAAUGUUGUCGUCAAACCAGCUAGGCUGGUAGAAUUCACCAAAGGACAGGUUGAUUAUAUACUGGGGAGCAAUCCUAACAGGAUGUCAUACAUGGUAGGAUAUGGUACUAGAUUUCCCCAGAAGAUACAUCACCGCGGAUCAGUGAUACCUUCGAUGGAUAAACUCCCGCAAAAUAUGCAGUGUCAUGAAGCAGACAUGUAUUUCAAAGCUCCGACGCCGGAUCCAAACUUGCUCAUAGGUGCAGUCGUUGGAGGACCAGCUGAGGAUGAUACAUUUGAAGAUUCUCGAUAUAAUGUUGCACAAUCGGAGCCUACCACUUACAUCAAUGCACCACUUGUUGGUGUUUUGGCUCACUUCAAAUCACCAUCUUUCUAA